AUGUAUGGACUGCGCCAUGGUCAACCAUCAAUAAAGAGCAAGAGUACUAACUAUAUCGAGGAUCUGGGAAGUAUGAUGAAAGAACGCCUCGAGACUUGCCGACUUCGCACUAAGCGAUACCUUAACCACGUCCUCUUUUAUCGGGACGGUGUCAGCGAGAGCCAGUUUGGUAUGGUGCAGUCGAAAGAGACACCCCAGAUCCAGGCAGCGAUUAACGGCAAGCCUCGAUGCGCUACCAGCAACUCGGCAUGCACCUCGAAGCUCAAAUUUCUGGUCAUGGGAAAGCGCUACGAAGCACGAUUCUACCCAAGGACGUCCCCCGAAGACGAGGAAAGCUUCCAUCCUGGCUUGGUGAUCGACACGACCGUGGUCUCCCCUAAGCAAUUCAACUUGUAUCUGCAGAGCCUCGACAGUCCGCGCGGCACGGCCAGGCCAGGUCCGGACAUUAGGUCCUUCUCAGGAACGACAGCGGAUACGACGGAAAGCUGCUCCAGGAAGUGGUAA